AUGAGACUGCGUAUGAUACCCGUGAUAUUCAAAGAAGGUAUCGUAGCCUCUCUUACUGGCGGAUUCUAUUUUGAUUCUUCCCAAACUCAUUUCGCAAAUGUCAUUCAUGUCUAUGUUUGGAUCAUCCUAUUUGUUAUACCUCUGGUUCUGUAUAUGAUUUCAGGAAAUUCCCACAUCACGGCAUUGCUUUAUGGGUUUUCCAUCGGGUCCUUCGUCCUUAUAGUUAAGCUAGUAAUUUGGAGACUUCACGAUCUUCUGGAUAAAAGUGACCCUGUUGAUAAUAAUCAGGAAGCUAGUAAAGAAAACCUAAAGAAACAGCCAUCAACUGGGCACCAGACAGGUGUUCAUGAAGAUGAUCAGGAUAUUAAUGACAUUGAAAACAAGUGCCGAAGAAUUGGGAUAGCCGGGAUUGAAUUAGCUGAUUUAAGAGACUCUACUUUGAACCAUGCUUGUCGUUUUACUGAUAGUGAAAUGAAUGUUGGAAGUCCCAUUCAAAAUACACAUAUAUUGAAUGACAAGGGGAUUUGUAAAUAUAAAUCUUUGAAAAACAAUCUAGAACCAGAUCUUGCAUUUUCUGAGAGUUUCACCAAUUCUGUCACGUUUCCCGUUUCUUCCUUUCAACUUGGACCUUCCACCUCACGAUUAAACUACGUUACAAUCGAACAGUCGCCUAAUUUUUCAAAUCGCGAUUCUCUGGUUCCUGGUCUAAGUGUAGUUGAAGAGAAACAAUCAACGGAAAAUAACAAGCUAAAUUCGUCAAACUCUAACUGUGCCUUAUUUUCUAAUAAUAGCAACCAAAUUUAUAAGAGUGAGACAAUUACUUCAGGACCACUGAAAUCCACAAUAUCAUCAACGUCCGCAGAGACAAAAAACACUGAUUUUACCCAUAAUUUGAAUGCAAGAACAGUUAAACCUGUUUAUGUAAAUACCCCGUUAAAAUCAUUUAGUGGGAGGAGUUGUCAGAGGGCUCCUGUUAGAAGGCAGUUUUCUGAAACAGCAGUAAAAAAUGCAUUUGAAGUCCAAAGGUUGGUUACGUUUUAUGAUCAAACUGAUCGAAUCCCUGGUUUACAGUUUGAUCACUUUGUUCCUGAGAUUACCAGUUCGACUACAGGAGAGCUGUCAGUGGACAAAUCUUCGCGUCCCAUUACUUCUAUAUCUGGUCGCUCUCUUGUGAGAUCUAGUUCAGUACGCACGGAAAUCGAACAGUGUAAGCGUAUUCUAAAUCAAUUGAAAUGGGACGUGAAUCAACUUCCUCCCAUACCUGUCACUCGAUUCACUCCCUCAAUGAAGGAUCUAGAUACCUUAGAUUUGAAUCCCAAGGUUCUUCAAUCAGCACCUUUAUCUUUUGUAAGAAGUAGAUCACAGCUCCGAAGACGUGCUUUGUUCAUAGAUAGGGAUCAGAAUAAGAGAACUAUUACGUAUUUAACUGCAUCCGACCGAAACAGCAUUCCAUAUUCCACUGAACUUUCACUAUCCGAGACAAUUUUAUUCUGGCGUCAGUGCUUUGGAAACAUUAAUUUUGACAGGUCUGCGAGACGUCGACAUCAACAAGCUGACAUAAUUGCGUUCAAUGAAAUUCCCUUGUCCAAUAUGAAUCUUCGUCCUCUCAGACUUCCUAGAGGAUGGCGUUCUCACAGUCUACAUUAUGAUCCUGCAGCAAUGAAAUCAUUCACACUUUACCCUCGACAAGUCGUUCGACGUCCUGGUACAACUGUCUGUUUACAACGUCAACAGUCAGCUGGGUCGACUUCAUCAGCUGUAGUCAAUAGUUCUUCACUGCAAUAUGGUACUCCAGUAAAGAAAACUAUUCAAUUUCUUCAACAGGUACAAAAUGAUCCUGACAACGUACCUGUUGAUGCAGAGCAUCUAACUUCAAAAUGGCCUACCAGUUCUUCGAAUGUUCUUGUUGAAGUUCAACCUAGUACACAGAGUCAUGAUUUAAACGAAAAAGUAGAUGAAUAUAUAGAAAAAAAAGUGAAGGAUAUAGAGAUUACCUCGUUAUGUAACUAUUUGUCUAAUGAUGGUUUUACUGUCAAUUCGCAAACACCAACAACUCAUCCUCUGGAUAAAUCUAGUUUAAAUAAGAUUGCUAAUGGUCAUUACAGUGUUGAGUCUAACAAACCGCUUCUUACAAAGACUAGAGGGUGUAAUCGUUUAACUCGUCAAGCUGGAUUUCGUCGUCGCCCUGCUAUGGCCUCUGGUUCUUAUGGUCAGUCAAAAGGUGUAACUUCACUUAAAAAUGAAAAGGUGGCUAGUUCUCGUGAUAAUCACUUACAACCGGAAGUUACACAAGAGAUAAAAAGAAGUGAUGUAGACAGUAAUUUACAGACUUCGUCCAGUGUUUCGAAACCUAUAUCAACAAAUCCUAUUUCAGUCGAUCAAGCUGUUGACAAUUUACUCGCUCAUCUAAUGGGUGUUAAAUCAUUGGCUGAUACUGGAUUAACUCGACAGCAAUGCUUAUUUCAGUUGCGUGGUAAUGGAAAUACUGAAGAUUCAGAAAAUGCUGAAUGGGAUAUUUUGUAUGCCGUCACCGAAGCUGCCACUGAUAAUGCUACAGUAAUACCAGAACCAACUGAAACUAUUACUACUAAUAUUGCUACUAUUACCACUACUACUGCUACAUCUCAAACUGACGGUCAACCAGCUCAACUCAGAUCUGCUAGUCCUGAGACAAAAAAUCGCGAUGGUACUUAUCAAGACGAUGCAUUUAAUAAUUUAGAUGAAGAUUCAUGGGAUUUACAAGAAAUCAGUAUCAAAGCACGCUUUCAAUCUACUAAUGAGAAUCAAGAGGUUGACGAUGAAAUUCAUACUCAAGAAGCUGUGGCUAAUCGAUCCAAUGACUCUGGUUCCGAUGGUAAUGGUGGUAAUAAUUCAUCGUCGAAUUCAUUACUUUGGUUUUUUCGUAAAGGUUUUAGACCUUCAAAAUUACAACAACAACAACAACAACAAAAUCGUCCAUUAUCAACUGCUCCUAUAUAUACUAUAUCAUUAUCACCAUGUUUUCCAUUUACGUUUCGUUUUCACUUGAAUCGUUUAGAGUUGGGAUAUAUUUUUGAUAAAAGUUUUACUAUCAUGGAAAUUAUAUUAUGCUCUAUUUUGGCCGCUUUAGUCAGUAUUAUUGGCUAUUAUACUUUACGUACAGCAAGUUUUCAAAAUUAUGGACCAUUAGCAUGUUUCACUAUUGCUGGAUGUCAUUAUUCACUUAUGAAAAGUGUUCAACCCGAUCCAGCUUCACCAAAACAUGGAUUUAAUCGUUUGAUCGUAUUCACUCGUUCAUUUUUCUUCUGUACUUUUGCUUCUAUCUAUCUACUGGCUAAUUACUUAUAUCAACCACAAAAAUCUGUACCAUUUUCAGGAGAAAUGUCAAGUAUAGAACAUACAGGAGAAUUACGUUUUGAAUCAAUUACAACAAUAUAUCAAUCGACUAGACAAAUGUUACCAUUAGAUAUUGGUGAAACAUCAAAUGAAUUAACAACAGAGAAAAUAAAUUGGCGUGUGCCUAAUUUUUAUCAUCUUUCUCAAUCUUCUAAAAUGAUUGUUGAACCUUCUUCUUCUCCAUCUACUAUUAAAUUCUAUGGUGUUAAUUUAUCUGUAGAUCGUUUAACCUGCUUAGUUAAAUAUUCAUCUAUAUAUGUUCUAUUAAUAUUUCCCAUAUUGUUCUGUCUUGGCUUGAUGCCUCAAAUAAACACUGUACUUAUUUAUGCUUUAGAACAAUUAGAUAUUCAUAUUUUUGGAGCAAGUGGUACUACUGGACUUUUUUCAGUAAUAUUAUCUAUUUUUCGAACAUUCAUAGUGAUUGGUUUGACAUUUGUUCCAUGUUAUUAUGCUGUACAAAAGUCCGAUCCCCAAUGCAUGCUAUUUUCAAUAUUUUGGGGUAUACAAAUUGCAUUGUGCUUUUUACUAAGUCGUCUACCAUCGAAUACUAUACUUUAUGAGACACUUUUUCCUUCUGAACGUCGUAUAUACUAUUGGUAUCGUAUUCGAAUGUUUUUCUACAACGCUUUGCAUAAAAUAACUGUAAAAUGUAAUUUAAUUUUUCGAUCAAAAGAGAGAAAGGAAAAGAAGAAAACACACAGAUCUCAAUUAACUUCCAUCGAUAAAUCUAAUUGGUGGAGACGACUACCUCUACUGUUUCCUAAUCUUCGUAUGAAAUCUACAAAUGCAUCAUUUAAGAGAACUGAUGAAAAUGUUGAAGAAUUUCUCCUUACUCGUCUAACACACACAAGAGAAUGUGUAGAUGUUGAGAGUGGAGUGCCAGUUCAAAGUAACAGUUUGCCAUGUCGAUUGAUCAGUCGAGAUAGCUUAACUCAGUCAACUUCUACACCCGCUAUUAAAUACGAUUUUGAAGCACCUUCAACAAUUGUUGUAUCAUCCAGUUGGAUUGAAUCGCAGGAUGUUAAUAAUUCUGAAAAUAAGAAAUUCUCUACACUUGAUAAGAUUAACAAUAAUACUAAUAAUGGUGAUAACAAUAACAAUGAUAAUAAUAAUAAUCGUACCAAUACAUUACCAUCAUUUGUAAUUGAUCAGAAUCUAUCAGCAUCUAGUGACUACCGAACAAUAUCAAACCACCGAUUCAAAACAACACAAUCACAAUUUAAAAAUGAUGAUCCUUUACCAAAUUUAAUUAGAAUCUCAUUAUUGGCACGUUUUGAAAAUGAUUUACUCUCUUGUAUUUUAUGGUUCAUUUUAGCGUUCCUUAUUCAUUUGACAAUUACUAUAAUCAAUACUACUAUUGAUUCUACAGAUUUUCAUUCUUAUUAUUACUGUUACAUUUUAAAUUGGAUCAGUGUUGUACUUGGUUUUCUGUUGCAUUAUGUUUGGCCUAAUUUUAGAAAGCCGUAUCCAUGGUUACUGCUUGUGAAACCUGUUGUUGAACCUGAUGUUCACGGAAGAAUUAUUCGCUGGGAAGUUGCUUAUUUUUGGCUUUGUUGGGUAGAAAGAAACGUGUUCUUGCCUGCUAUUACUAUGUGUACAGUCACUCAAUCUUUUGAUUCAAUGGCAGUGAAGUUUGGACCGUUACUAUCCACAUUCAUAAUUAUUGUAUGUAGUAUGAAAAUGUUACGAAAUGGUUUUUGUUGUGCGAAACAAACUUACCUAAGUUUGUUUUUCACGAAUUUAUUAUUUUCAUUUGAUUUCUACAAUUUUAAAGAAGCAUUCCCUAUUAAUUAUUUCUUUGUAUCACUUCUUGUUAGCAAGUUUAUUGAAUUAUUCCGAAAAUUGCAUUUCAUCUAUGUGUAUUUAGCUCCAUUCAAUAUUAUUUGGGGUUCUGUUGCACAUGCAGUUGUACAACUUGGCUCAAUCCCUCACUCUGUAUUCCUAUUCGCAAAUUGCAUUUUUUCUACAAUUUUAUCAGCACCAUUGGAACCUUUUAUGGCUAGUGCAAUUUUUAUUACAUCUUAUGUAAGACCGAUUAGUUUUUGGGAGACUAAUCAUCGGACCCAACGAAUAGAAACAACUAAUAUGCCUAUAGCAGCUCAAUUGAAAGGAAUUUCUAAACAUCAGGUAUCUGGUAAUCUGGAUGGCAUAUUUUAUGAACAUUUAACAAGGAAAUUACAACGAACAUUAGCCGGUGAUUUACAACUUGGACGUAUUGGCGGGUUAACCGUUCAACAUGGUGAUGUAUUCAUUUUAUCAACUGAUGAUUUAAACCUGUUGAUUCAUAUUAUUGAAGUAGGCAAUGGAUUCGUUACCUAUCAACUUCGUGGUCUUGAGUUUAUCGGUACUUUGUGUCAUGCUAGUGAAUCAGAAGCAUUACGUUCAGAUCCUCAUAAGAGUAAACGGUUCUGUUGUUGUCAUUCAAAAACUAUUCACGGAAUGUUAAGUUUUAACACUGCUGUUCGUUUGCGUUGUAUGACAUGGCAAUUUGCAUAUACACCAUAUAUAGUUGAAGGUUAUGAAGUUACUGAUCACAGUGCUGGAUUAACAUUUCAAUUAACAGACUUACGGAAAGUAUUGAUCAGUCGAUUUGUUCAUUGUAUUAUUUAUUUUGUUUGUAAAUUGCCGAAUUUAUCGAGUCGAUUAACUCAACUAACACCAUGUUUAGAUUCCAAUCGAUUUUCAUCACCAGAUUACUUUGAUUUGGAUCCUGUAUUUUUCAAAGCAAUUGAUGAUGACUUUGAUGAAGAUGUUAGUGGUGUUACUAAACAACGUUUUAUUCAAAUUUAUUCCGAUUGGAUAGCAUAUUGUUUAAAAAAACAAAGUGGAAAUUCAUCUGUACCAUGUGGUCCUGAUUCACCUGUGGUGUCGUUAUGUUUAGCUUUAAGCUUACUUGGUAGGCGAUGUAUGGGUGGUCAACAGUCAUCAAAGCCUAUUUUGGAUCAAUUCUUGCAUGGUGUGCACCAAGUAUUCGCAGGAGAUAUUAAUUUAGUCCCAAGAGAUGAUUGGGUUCUUGUGGAUCUUGAUCUUCUUCAAACUGUUGUUACUCCUAGUGUUCGUAUUGCAUUGAAACUGUAUCAAGACACAUUUACAUGGUCAUCAGGUAAUACACAUAAUGAAUUAUACAAGAAGAUUGUUUAUACAGAGAAAAAUGUUGUAAUUUGUCCAGAAACUGAUCCGAAAUGGCGAUUUGCUGUUUUAAAUGAUGCUGAUUGUUUAUUCUCAUUUCGUUGGGUAUCUGGUCGUACAUCGGUGGAUGUUUAUCGAAUUGUUCAGUUAACUAAGAGAAGACUAGAAUUUAGAGCUAUCAAAUUAAAUCCUGAAUGUGUUCGAGGUUUAUGGGCUGGUCAACAACGUGAACAAAUAUUUUUACGUAAUAAUAAUGAAGAACGUGGUAGUAUACAAAGUGCUAAUCCAGUCUUACGGAAUUUAGUCAAUUCUAGUUGCGAUCCACCAAUUGGUUAUCCAAUUUAUGUUAGUCCUUUAAUUACUAGUUUUGCUGGCGAUAAUGAUGAUUAUAUUAAUGUAUCUGGUGGAGAAUUAUCUUUUGUUAAUAUUUUAUUGCGUAUACGUGAUUGUUGGAGACGUUUUCGUCAAUUAUGUGGUUGUAAAAAAGAAAAAUGUGAUGGUCAAAUUGAGUCUGCAAUUAAUCCAUCAUUAUUUACACGUAGUAAUACAAGCCAACAGUUGAAAACUAAUGUACCAAGUAUCACUUCUAAUAAAUCAAAUGUUCAGUUGACAUUGUCUACUCAUCCAUCAACUAGCAAUGAUAAUGAUAAUCUUGGUAAAUGGUCUUCUAAACAACUAGACUGUAAUCAGGAAACAACUUUGAUUGCAUUAAUUCACCAACAAAAUGAUUUAGAUAAUAUAACUGGAGGUAUUUUGUCUACUUCAACAAAUAGAUUUCGUGAAAAUCAUCAUUUUGAUCAUAUUUGUUGUUCCAUUGAACAAUUGUAUAAAAAUAGUCAACAAGUUAUAAUUAUUGACGCUUGUCAAAUAUUAAGCGGACAUUUAAACAAGUUACAGUGGCCAUUAAAAGGAUGGUAUCUACGUAGUUUAACUUAUUCAGCUUGUCGUUCUUCUGUAUACUCCGGUCUUGGAGCUUAUCGUAUCCACAGAUGGACUCCAAAUAAUCCUGAUCCGAAUUCACGAUCGUUUUGUCAUCGAACAAUAGCUUUACUUGCAUUUCCAGAAGGACCACCACUUCUUGACGGAUAUUAUGUAGCUAUCUGGGAAGAUAAAGGUCUGAUUGAAGUCAAAGAUUCAGAUAAGGAUAUUAAUACUACUACUACUACUAAUAAUAAUGAUAAUAAUAAUAAUAACAAUAAUGAAAAUAAUGACGAUAAUAGUCAUGAUCAAUUUCUUAUGAAUUGUUUAUUUACUAACAGAAACUGA